AUGACCUGGCAGAUUGCGACCCUUCCCGAAGCUAUCUCCUACUCGCCUUUGAACCUCCGGGUCUUGACCACCUCUUUGCUUCGACGAGACCUCUUCGAUGCCAGAUUUCAGCUCUUAACCAAGGACUCUGAACGAUCUGAAGAGAAAGAGGACGCAACGCCCGAAGGGGAAGAGGAAGAGGACUAUGUUGAUGCCCAGACCGAUCUUAUUCCUGGUUUCUAUGAGGGAGGUCUUAAGACGUGGGAAGGGGGCGUCGACCUUGUCGAGACUAUUGCCGAAUCACUCAGCCCUGUCAAAGAAGAAAGAGAUCAGAAAGUGGGAGAAUGGGCACGGGGUGGAAAAGUGCUAGAGGUUGGCUGUGGCACUGCUCUCCCGACAGCAUUCUUGCUUCGCUCGCUCCUCUCCUUACCGCCCUCAGAGACGCCGACGCGGACUGUUUUCCAUCUCCAAGAUUACAACUCCUUGGUUCUUUCUCUGGUCACCCUUCCCAACCUCAUCCUUGCUGCCCUUCCUUACCUCCCACCUGACGUCCUGCGCCUGCCUCAAGAAGGCGACGAACCCAUCGAGACUGUUGUCCCCGAUAUGGAGCUUCCCGGAAAUCUCAGCCUCAACGAAGACUUGAUUGCUGCCUUCAAAAGUCUUCUCGAAGAACGUGGGAUAGAUGUGAAAUUCAGCCAUGGGCACUGGGAGGGGUUGAGUAAGGAGCUCGAGCAGCAGGAUGAAAAGUAUGGUUUGGUCUUGACGGCGGAGACUAUCUACUCGCCCGAGAGCACCCCAGCCCUCAUUGGAGUGUUGAGAGAAGCUAUUGGAAAGCAAGCAGGGAAUGCUGGACACAAGCAGGUGCAGCUCGAGAGCGGUCUGGGUAGCCUAAGCGUCCAGGAGGCAUGGGCUACCGCACCUCUAGCCGAAAUCACAAGGGGUCACGCUCUGGUCGCCGCAAAGGUGCUCUACUUUGGCGUCGGGGGCGAUCUUCAGACGUUCGUUGAGACGGUCGAGAAGGAUGGCGCGCAGACUUCGACAGUCAAGCACUGGUCCCAGGGAGUCGGGCGCAAGGUUGUACAGGUUGGCUGGUGA